AUGCAAAACUGCAUCAACGGCAUCCAGUUCAGGAUAGCCUAUCCUGAAAGCGCUGAGGCCCAAAGAGACGAUGGGACCUCCUGUGGAGGGGACAAUCCUGCCCUUAUGUGGAAUGACCUGUCAAUCAACAAAGGAGAUUUGACCAUCCCCUGCGAAACAAUUACUGGGCGCCCUUGCCCCUAUCUGCCAGAAGGCCUCAGAAGAAAGGCUUUCACCCUCACCCACAACCUGUCUCACCCAUCAGAACUGACAGCAAUUGACAAGUCAGGCAAAAAGACGCCUCAUGAAUACUACCUUCUGAAGAAGUAUGAGAUCCUCAAGUGUGGUGAUGUUCUCAAGUUAAUUAGAAGACGGACGGCCAAUGAAGAUCCUAUCUAUUUUGCUACAUUGGAGGAUACAUUCGACAUUAUUAAGCGUGCUCAUAUUGCAACUGGCCACGGAGGGCGCGAUAAGAUGCGUAAACGUAAGCGACCAACAACCAAAGGGACUGUUGUUGUCCGACCUAUUCUGACAAAGAACUUUGGCUCCAGAUCACAAGUUGACCUUGUAGACAUGCAGGCGAUGAAGCAAGGCAACUAUAAGUGGAUAAUGGUCUACCAAGAUCAUCUUACAAAGUUCUGUGUAUUGAGACCUCUCACAUCAAAACGUGCUGCAGAAGUUGCGUAUCAGCUGUUGGAUAUUUUUCUUUUACUUGGUGCACCGGAAAUUCUACAAGGUGACAACGGAUCGGAGUUUACUGCUUGUGUUAUUACAGAACUUAAACUGCUUUGGCCUGAUCUCGUAAUGGUUCAUGGAAAACCUAGACAUCCUCAGAGCCAGGGGUCAGUUGAACGAGCAAACUGUGAUAUUAAAGAUAUGUUGGUAGCCUGGUUGAGUGAUAAUAAUACAACAGACUGGACAGUUGGUUUAAAAUUUGUGCAGUUUCAAAAAAACUCUAGCUACCAUUCUGGCAUUAGAAGGUCACCAUUUGCUGCAUUGUUUGGAUCCGAUGCAAAAGUAGGACUGACAACUUCAGCUCUUUCACAUGAUGUAACUCACCGUCUCCAAAUUACUGCUGAACCACCUGCUGUCGAACCACCUGCUGUCGAACAAGUUACUGCUGAACCACCUGCUGUCGAACAAGUCACUGCACUGGGAGUAUUGUGCACGACUGUGAUUAGAGUUACUGCCGAACCAUCUACUGUCGAACCAGUUACUGCUGAACAACCUGCUGUCGAACCAACAUCACCACUCUCUGUUCGUCAAAAGAAUAUUACCCCUCAGCGAAAACGUGCGUGCGAAGCACAGCUUUCACAAGCUGAACGUAUGGUUGAACGAAGUCGUCGUAUUAUGGACCGUGGAAACGUCGGGAACAAUGUAACGAUUCCGAUACCAAUGGUGAAUAGGGGUCGUGGGGAUCCAAGGAAUAUCAUGGGAAUAAUUAUGGAUAUUGACGAAAAUGACAAUUACACGAUUGCAGUGAAGAGUGGUAUACUGAGUGGGAAAUAUUCCAGGAAUCAGUUUGAUUUAUGUGCGUAUGAACUGUAUUCAAAAGACCAUGUUACAACCGAUAGGAUUGUUUCGCUUCGAACUGCUGUGCAGCAAGAGUCGAAGUCAGGUGGUCAAGGUUUCGCCAAAUGCAACUGUGCUGGUUCAAAACGUUGUCAAACAAAUCGAUUACUUAGUCAAAGACUAGGUCCUGUAUCAGAUAACAAGAGAAGCCUUAAAGCCUGUGCAGUUACUUCACAAGCGCAUAGUAGUCCUGGACAAGCUGAACUGGCGAGUCAUUGA